GCCGGAAGCGCCGGCGUGAUUGGCUGGGAGAGGGGUGGGCGUGGCGUCGAGCAGCAAGAUCAAAGGUCUCUGGAUGACUCUGCAGGAUGGGUACAGGAGGAAUAUGGACAUUUACAUUAUGUUUUCAGCCUAUACGGAGAGCAACCUCGUUGGACUGAAUGGGGCAAAGGUUUGUGGAUCUUGCGGAUAAAGCCUUCUCGCCCUGCGUACAGUCUACAGUCGCUUUAUGAAGAUCCUCAUUGGCUGGGAAUGUGCAGGAAGUUGUAUCACAAGGUAGGAUUCUCUAGGACCCUGCAGGCCACCACUCGCCUCAGAAUCUGCCAUUGAGGCUGUUUGUCCAGGACCUCGGAGCUCUUAGUAUAUUUCUGGUCUUCCUGAAGUUCUUCCACCUCCAUGGACUCAGAUCUUCAUAGCAACCACCAACCCAGAGUGGUUGUAAUUGGUGCCGGCUUUGCAGGUCUUGGUGCUGCCACCACCUUGGUGAAGCAUGGAGUGAAGAAUCUUAUCAUCCUGGAAGCAUUAGAUCGGGCGGGUGGAAGAGUUUGGACGCAUAAACCUUUUGGAGCUGAUGCACUGGAGUUAGGUGCCACCUGGAUCCAUGGCCAGAAGGACAAUCCACUUUACCAGAUGUCCAAAGAGAAAGGACUACUGGCAGAUGAUGGGUUUGGUAUGGUGUCCUGCCAACCACUAUCUGUAACCCCCCAAGAUUAUUUUUUUAAUGAGCAAGGAAAGCAGCUACCCCCAACUCAGGUGGAACAUGUAACUUGUUUUUUUGGAAGGUUAAUGUCUCAAAUCAACCAGCAAGACUAUAAACGAGAAUGUGAAUCGUGGUCAGUCGGGGAGUAUCUAGAUCGUGAAUUUACCUUGUCCAACCUUUCGAAGGUCGAGGGUGCGGAAGAGAUAUACGAGUGGUGUAAACGAGCGGAGUGCGUGGACGAGGCUUGUAACUCCAUGUAUGAGUUCUCGUUGAGUCAGCUUGGCUUAUACACUGCUCUUGAGGGACCCUUUUUUAACUCUUUGGGCAGUAAGGGUUACCAAGCUGUACUAGACAUCUUUAUAGACCAGCUGCCGCCUAAUUCCCUUCGCUGCCGUAAGCCUGUUCGAUGCGUCCAGUGGGAUGGAUCUUCAUCACCUUCAAAGUUAUCAAAACAUCCGGUCAAUGUGGUUUGUGAAGACGGUGAGCAGUUUCCAUCAGAUCAUGUCAUUGUCACUGUGUCUCUUGGGUGCAUGAAGGAACGAGCGUCUACUUUUUUUGACCCUCCCCUGCCAAAGGGAAAGAUGGAGGCCAUCCAGAGAUUGGGGUUUGGCACAGUGGCCAAGAUCUUCUUAGAGUUUUCAAAGCCCUUUUGGCCGGAUGAUUGUGCCGGAAUACAGCUUCUAUGGGAACAAGGCCCAGAGAGCCUGAAGGGUUAUUCUGAUGGGUGUAGGCAACAAUCAUGGCGUUCGGAGUGGUUUAAGAAGAUUGGAGGUUUUGACUGCGUUCCAAUGCAUAGAAGCACCCUCUGUGGUUGGAUCACCGGAUUGGCUGCGGAGCACAUGGAGACCCUCCCUGAAAGUGAGGUGGGGGAAGUAUGUGUCAGAUUAUUGAAGCAAUUCACAAGUUGGCCAGUGACAGAACUGCGAGGGGUGCUGCGUUCCAAGUGGUAUAGUAACCCCUACAUACGAGGGUCUUAUACCAAUGUGCCUUUGGGGGUGGAUGCUGUGAAAGAGCAGAUGGCCUUGGCAGAGCCAUUACCAUCCACAUAUCAGAGGAAGACCCAGCGGCCUUUGCAGGUACUUUUCGCUGGAGAAGCGACGCACCCCAACUUCUAUACGACUACACAUGGCGCCUAUAUGAGCGGAGUACGGGAGGCAGAAAGGCUCAUAAAACUCUUCGAGAGCAAAGCGAUCCCUCGCCUCUAAUCCAUCCAUUAGCGUCCUGCCUGCAGUAAAACCAGUUGUGGCACCAGUGUGUCUGUGCGCGUAUGUGCUGCCAGUAACCUCAGAUCCUGCACAGUAUAAAUUAUAAAAUGCUGCUUUUUAUAACAUCCCCCCCCCCCCCCCCCUGUCUAAUCAGGUAUCCUCAUUCUUCAACCUGUCGCUCUCCGGCUGUUGCAAAACUAAAACUCCCAGCAUGCUGCAACUGUCAGGACAUGAUGAGGAUUGUUAUUUGUAACCUUUUGAGAGCCGCCCUGGUUUAAAUGGUGCCUCCACUAAGGCUAUCUUCACCUAAUUUAUGACUCCUAUUCAGAUCAUUAAAAUCAGUAUAGCAAAUAAAUAUAAAGAGUGCUGCCUAGAGGAGGAAGCAAAAACCGUUACCAGGUCAUAUAACAGGAGCUGAGCUUUGGCGCCUAUUGAAGUAUAUAUAGUACUCUGGGUUUUCUGAGACUUUUAUACCGAUGACCUGUCCUCUGGAGACACCUGGGACCCCCACCAGUCAGCUGCUUGAGGGGGCACCGGCGCUCGCAGCGUAGCAUAGGCCAUUUGACGUCGCGUUCAUCGGUCACGAGGCCUUGGCGCAGCUCAGCCCCAUAGAAGUGAAUGCGCAAUACCAAGCACAGUGCUAUACGAUGUACGGCACUUUGCUUGGCGAGCUGAUAGAAGGCUGCAGCACUACUGCGAGCGCCGGUGCUCGUCAAACAGCUGAUUGGCGAGGGUCCUGGGUGUCGAUCAGUUUAAAAAAAACAAAUCCUGAAAACCCCUUUAAGCCUAAUUCACACAGUCAGUGUUUGCUCAGUGAUUUCCAUCAGUGAUUGUGGAGCCUCCAAAGAGAUAAGGUAGAAGCUGGAAAGCUUUGCUUUUGUUCUGUACCGGGUUUCGGCCCACGAUCACUGUGUCAGCAAGGUCUAAGGCUAAGUUCACACUUCAGUUAUUUGAUCAGUUAUUGUGAACCAAAACCCGGUGCGGGUCCAAAACAGAACGGGUGCAGAUCUUUAAAUUACACCUGUGUAGGCUUCACAAUAACCAAUGGAAAUAGCUGACCAAAUAUCUGAAGUGUGAACUAGGCCUCAGGGUCCAUUCACACACCCGUGUGUGUUUUGCUGCUCCUCGCAUCAGCAAAACAUGGACAGCGGCAAUGUGCGUUCCGCAUUUUGCGGACCACACAUUACCGACGCUAAGAGAAUAUGCCUAUUCUUGUCCGCUAUAGGACAUGUUCUAUUUUUUUCAGGAUCGGAAUUGCGGACCCGGAAGUGCGGGUCCGCAAUUCCGGAUCGGCCCCAUAGAAAUGUAUGGGUCCGCAAUUCCGUUCCGCAGAAUGCGGAAUGGAAUUGCGGAUGUGUGAAUGGAGCCUCACUCGGUAAGUUUAUUUCUGUUUUGAUUUUAGAUUAUCUCCAUACCAAAGUGGGGGCGACUACAUACAAUAGGUUGGAUUAAUUCAUAUGAACGCUGGUUAUUCAUCUACAAUUGCAUUAAUUCUCAUGGAAUUGAUUUCCGACUGGAAUAACAUUCA